CAAAAAAGACGGCUGGGUUUCUUAUGUAGAAGCGCUUGGUUUGCCUCGGGCGCGGCGCAGCACGAGACCGUAGAUCCAGAAGAAGUUAGAGCAGCAUUGAGCGACCCCGACAGGACUCUGAGUAGCAGGUACGGAAAAGUAAUGCGCGCCGAUGUUGCUAUUGAAUGGGUAGAAGGGCUUCUAACUGAGCUCGGCUACGAAACAAAGAGACUGCCGCGGCAAUUGCAAGGCAGCCUACUAGCAAGGGAGAAGCGAGCAGUUCCUGGAGACGACGAAACUGAUGCUUUUGCCAGCGACAAGGCCGAGCCGAAGUGGUGGGCGCUGCAAGUGCGCAGUGUCCACGGCCAGACGUGGAGAAAGAGGCCAGGAGUGCGCGUAGCACGGAGUGGCGUAUCUGCCGACCUCGGCAUCGUGGUUACUAAUCCAGAAAAAGGGCUCGCUUGCGCCUUGCAUUUAGACUCUGUGAAACUCAGCGUGGUUCGUUCCGACUGCAGAAAUUGGCUGCGAUUCUCGAUGCCGUCUCUUCCCUGCGUCGCCGAAGGAGCUGGCCGUGCCUAUUUUCUACUUGCUUUUCAGGAUGCGCUGCGCCGUCUUCCCGUAAGGACACAACGGGAAUGGCUAACGCAACUCCCGGGAAACGU